CUUGAUCUCAAGUUGUCUUCCAUCGCCAUUCGUUGUCUCUUUCAUCAACAAUGUGGUACCACACGCCGACAACGCUAGGAAAUGUCCACCGCGCUAUAGUAUCGUUUCAUCAUUACUUUAACCAAACCCUAGUCCCAUUCACAGCUCGCCCCUCCAAGAACGAGCUGCUUAAAGUUGCCGACACGGUAUAUGCCUUACCUUUUAUAUUCUUAACGCACACGGGAACGCCAACGGGUGGACAUGAUCCAAUAUACAAUUUCGGCAAUGAGAAAGCCCUGUCAGUGUUUGGGCGCACACCCGCCGAGCUUCUUCAAUUUCCCUCUCGACUCUCGGCAGGGCCUGAUGAACGGACUCGCAGAGAGGAUUUUAUGAGAGAGGUGGCAGUGAAGGGAUGCGUAAAGGAUUAUGACUGCAUCAGAGUAAAGAAGGAUGGCAGCCCACUCAAGAUGUGGGAUGGAUACGUGUGGAAUGUUAGAGACGAGUCUGGUGAAAUAGUUGGACAGGCGGCGAUGUUCAAAAAAUGGCAGGACCAAUGAUGACGGUUAAGGCAAUCUGGGUAUAUCGUACUUUUUUAUUUUCAUCUCUUCCAACUAUCGACAGGAAAAACACAAGCCUCAACCAGGGACUAAAUCAUCUCACGAACAUGUACAAAAGCAAUCGAAUCAAAAACACAUGAAGGGAGCGUAGCUCCAGCUACGACGGCGAGAUCGGCCGUUUUGCUUCCCCAUUUCUCUCAUUACUAACCGCCAAAUCUCCACCACGUCUCCCAUUAUAUGCAUACGCAGUAGAAAUAAUAAAUUAAGCAACCUCCUUUUGGC